GGGAAACCGUAGGAAUACAAGUGUGACCUGCCAACAGAUUUGAUUCAGGGCCUGAUGUAAUGUAGGAUGCGGACCCCCGGACACUAGCUCAACGCGGUCAUGUGACUCAGGAAGUAUCCGCGUCGGUCUGGACCCGAAUAGGGGCCGUGAGCAGGCGAUCUACGGUCCGGAUUCGGUCCGGAGCAGAGGGCACACGGACCGCUCCCCUGGCUUGGUUAAAGACUGAUCAUCCGAGAUUACACUGCGUUCUCUUCCUCCCGUUCAAACGAUGGCCAGCUCCACUAAACUCAAUGUCCUCAUGUGUGGUACCGGAGAGUACACCACCGGAUGGGUGGGUUCCGGUGCAUCGAAAUCGGACAAGAAAUUAGGAGUCGUUGGCCUCACAUUGUUUGAUCUUCGUCGCCUCGGAAAGGUCGACCAACUCGGCAUGGUCGGGGUGAACGGCGGCAAAUUCCCAGCUAUUCGGCAGCACCUCGCGGAGAAUAUUGGCGGCGCAUACAAAGAUAUGGAUUUGAGCUUCGACGAAUUCCCGAAAGGUGGCAAGGUCGAUCCCGAGGCAUAUAAAGAAGCGAUUGACAAGCUCUCCCCUGGCGAUGCUGCCAUCGUCUUCACACCCGAUUCCACCCAUUUCCCGAUCGCCAAGUACGCAAUCGAACGGGGAAUCCACGUCCUCAUCACAAAACCGGCAACGCAGUUGCUCUCGCACCACAACGAGCUGAUCGCUCUGGCCAAGAAGCACAAUGUUAUCUGUUUCGUUGAGCACCACAAACGGUUCGACCCGGUCUACAGCGACGCCAAGGCGCGCGCUGCGACUCUGGGUGAAUUCAAUUUCUUCAGUGCCUGGAUGAGCCAGCCCAAGGCCCAGCUGGAGACCUUCCGUGCAUGGGCUGGCAAGGACUCGGACAUCAGCUACUAUCUCUCUUCGCACCACAUUGAUGUGUGCUGCUGGAUGCUGCAGGACCGGGCCGUGCCGACGCGGGUCGUCGCCAGCGCUGCAGCCGGGAUUGCCACCGGGGAGCCGUACAACUGUGUGCCGCAGACGGAGGACACGAUCACGCUCAUGGUCGACUGGGAAUCGACGACGAGCUCGCGGCACCGCGGCACCGGCGUGUACACUGCAAGCUGGACAGCCCCCCUCAAGGCCGGGGUGCAUUCGGCCCAGCAGUUCUACUACAUGGGCGAGAAGGGUGACAUCAACGUCGACCAAGCCCACCGGGGAUACGAUGUCACGGUCGACGACGUCGGAAAGACGUGGUACAACCCGUUCUACAUGAAAUACUCGCCCUCGGAGAGCGGCCACUUUGACGGCCAGCGCGGAUACGGCUACAUCUCGAUCGAGAAGUUCGUUGAUGCUGCGCGAAGUGUGAAUGCCAAGACGGCAACUCCUGAAGACUAUGACAAACACGGGCUGCCGACCAUCGCCAACACCGUCCUUACCACCGCCAUCUUGCACGCGGGAAGAAUCAGCCUCGACGAGAAGCGGCCAGUCGGCAUUAAACAGGAGGGUGACCAGUGGAUUCUCGUGUAAUGUAAAGAUAAAGGCCAAAGAUAGACAUUCUCUGUUUCUUGAUCUGUAAUCAUGGAACCGUACCAGAAAACACAUGGCUCGGGCGCAAUUCAGACCAGUAUGCGGCCCCGUCUUGAUUGA